AUGGGUCGACAAGAUGACGACGACGUCGUGCGCAUCCCUGCCCCCAAGCCGUCGCCGGCCGCCGCCUCGGACGCGGCGGCGUCUGCCUCCCACAGCGCCUUCGUGCACUCGCCCUUGUUCGGGGCCUCGCCGUCGUGGACCGGCGUGGCGCCGGGCUUCGCGCCGGGCUCCGGCACGGGGCCCAAGUCGUACUCCUACAUGGUGCAGGUGCAGCCGCACCCGCGCAGCAAAAGCUACCGCCAGCACCAGUCCACGCGCGUCACCCUGGACUCCAAGAAGCACGCCGUCGACCACCACUCGCACAACGCGGCGCACGGCGCGCACAGCCUGUUCGACGAGCGGCCGCCCUUCACGGGCCACACGUUCCAGUCCUUUCCCUUCGGGCCCUUCAACGCCCCCGCGUCCUUCACGCACGGCAACCCCCUGAAGGGCUUCAAGCCGUCGGCCGGCGCCGACCUGGGUGGCCUGUUCGCGGAGCGGCCCAUCGCCAGCAUCACCGUGCACGGCGCGCAGCGCACGCCGCCGCGGCUGCAGCGCCCCAAGGCCGCCAAGGCCGCCGCCAAGAAGAGGCCCGUCGAGAUCGGCACGCUCGGCGACCCGCACCGGCCCAACCUGGGCAUCGUCGGCGUGCCCGGCCAGGACUACGACGAGCCGCCGCCGCCCCGCGUCCGCGAGUACGACCCGUACACGGGCCGCUUCAAGGUGGUGGCCACGGAGGACGGGCACGACUCCAGGGAGGCGUACCGCCGACCCGGCGCGUCGUCCGAGGAGGACUCGCAGAUGGCCGACGUGCCGCUGGAGAGCUACGAGGUGUACGAGCGGCCCGUGGAGACCCCCAGCGCGGUGGCACCCGCGCCGAUGCGCGGCAGCGCGUGCCGCCAGAAGCAGAGGGACAUCCUGGCCGGGCUGCUGGCGCCGCUGCUGGACUCGAUGCGGCCCGCCUCCAAGUGCCAGGCCAGCCAGGCCGCCAAGUCGGAGCGGUUCGCCACGCUGCACCGGCCGCGCGCGCCGCCGCGCCGCAAGCAGGUCAAGCAGCGCAUGAAGCAGCACAAGCAGCGCGAGCCGUACUUCGAGUUCCGGAACCCCGUUCACUCGUACAUCAGCGGCACCCCGGAGCACCGCGGCCGCGGCCUCCAGGACGACGACGACGAGCCCCCCGUGCUGGGCCACGCCGUGCACCACGACGCCGUGGAGCACGACGACGACGCCGAGUACCUGGCCAUGGGGGACGCCGAGCGCGCGGCGCUGGACGACGCGGAGGAGCAGCGGCUUCUCGGCGGCCACGGCGACGAGAACGUGUUCGCGCCCUACUCCGUGUACCGCACCGUCACGGAGCCCGACAAGAAGUUCAAGCCGUCCGUGCGGUACCCCUUCGAGGAGGAGCGCGCCAACCUCAAGGACCUCGUGGAGCAGCUGGGCUGA